ACCAGAGGCCUCCAUGUGUCAUUUGAAUCAUAUAAAAGGAGUGGCAACACAAAAGGAGUUUAUUUUAUGACAAAGAGAUGAGAGCAGAGCAAAGGAAGAAUCUGACCUAAAAGGCACCAUGAACAACACAGCAAACCUGACCUCUCAUCAAGAUUUGUGGCGCAAUGUGACGGUUGGAAACACCACCUGGGUUUACCGUCCUGCUGUGAACUCUGCUCUUAAUGAUGCCAUUUCAGUAGUGAUUAUAAUCAUAAUCAUCAUCAACAUGGUUUCACUUGGAUGCACCAUGGAGGUGUCUAAGAUCAAGUAUCACCUCAUGAAACCUAAGGGGGUGGCUAUUGCAGUUGUGUCCCAGUAUGUGAUCAUGCCUCUUACAGCCUUUUGCUUGGCUAAGGGGUUCCAGUUGAGUGAUAUAACAGCUGUGGUUGUUCUGGUCUGUGGCUGCUGUCCUGGAGGAACUAACUCCAACACAUUGACUCUGGCACUAAAGGGGGACAUGAACCUCAGCAUCGUGAUGACUUCCUGCUCCACGUUGUUGGCUAUGGGUAUGAUGCCUCUCCUGCUCUACAUCUACUGCCAGGGUUUCCCCAGCGUGCGGAACGCUGUCCCGUAUGUUCAAAUCAUCUUAUCGUUGGUCUUGACCCUUGUCCCGUGUGGCAUCGGCAUCCUCAUCAACACCUACAGGCCGCAGUAUUCAAAGAGGGUCACAAAGGUAGGCAUCAUUAUCUUCCUUAUUUUUAAUGUGGUGACCUUGACCUUAGCUAUUAUUGCAAACGGACGCUACAUCCUGACUGUGCUGUCUCCUUCACUCUUGGCCAUCGCUGGUCUCAUGCCUUUGAUAGGCUACUGCUUUGGAUAUGUCUUCUCUGCGAUCUUCAGACUCAACCAAAGGGAGCGGAGGACCGUUUACAUGGAAACAGGCUGUCAGAAUACUGCGCUGUGCUCCACCAUAUUGAAGAGCCUUACCAGCCUGCGGCCACUGGAGAGGAUCUGAAAGAGUCUGAUGUGUGAUGUCAAUUACCACUCAUAUAUUUCUCUAUUAGCAUGCAUUGUUAUACUAAAGGGGAUCCAGACGAAGGAAACAAAAUCCUACAGCUUACUGAACAAACAGAAAAAUGUGCAACUGUAUUUCUUGAUUAUUAUACGAUAUGAAACCUGUUAAUGUUUCAGUAACUUCAGUUACAAAGCACCAGUGAA